UGACACAGCUGAGACUGUGUAACUUGGUGACUGGAUCCGACACUGCCACACAGAGAGAGAGGGAGUGAGGGAGUGAGACACAGAGCGAUUGGGAGAGAGAGAGAGAGACACGCACAGAGACAGAGACAGAGACAGAGGGAGAGACAGAGGACCCAGGCUGAAACAGAGCUCUGUGCCUGACCCACGGACCCCGGAGAGGAACCUCAGCCAGUCAGUAGUGGUGUGAUGGCUCAGUCCCGCAGCCUGAUGUCGGAGGACCAGUUCCUCUGCUCCAUCUGCCUGGAUGUCUUCACCAACCCGGUGUCCACGCCGUGCGGCCACAGUUUCUGCAUGACCUGCAUUGGGGACUACUGGGACAGCAGCAAGGCCUGCCAGUGCCCACUGUGCAAGGAGAGCUUCCGCAAGCGGCCCGAGCUGCACAUCAACCGCACCCUGCGCGAGAUCACAGAGCAGUUCAAGCGCAUGUCUGGGGGCGUGGCUGGGGGUGUGUUCGGGGGCGAGGCCACGGACGCGAGUGCGGGAGGGGUUGGCGGGGCCAUGGCGGACCGGCCACCCAGAUUGGGCGAGCUCCCAGGUGACCUCUUUGCCGAGAUGAAGCAGCGUUUCCAGAGACCUGUGGCUGACGACUCCACCGCUUCCGCCUCCGCCCCCUCCCCUGAAUGCCCCGCCCCCGGCCCCAGCCCCGCCCCCUUGGUGCCUGCCCCCCCGUGCCCCCCACUGGCCAGCCGCAGGUACACGCUGAGCGGGCCAGCGGACAGCCUGGAUGCCCCGCAGUGCGUCAGACACCACCAGCGGCUGGAGCUCUUCUGCAGGACGGACCAGACCUGCGUCUGUACUGAGUGCACCGAGACCGAGCACCGCUCUCACACCAUCAUCCCUGCCAAGAGGGAGUGGCUCAUCAAGAAGUCUCAGCUCGGGAUCACAGAGGUGGAACUGCAGGGCAUGAUCCGUGACAGGGAGAGAAAGGUGCAGGAGAUCCGAGCGUCUAUGGAGGACAUCAGGACGGCGGCGGAGCGGGAGACAGAGGGCAGCGUGCAAAUGUUCAGCUCGCUGGUCAGCAGCAUGGAGCGGAGCCAGGCCGAGCUGCUGGAGCUCAUCGAGAUGAACUGCCGAGCCGCCGAGCACCAGGCCGAGGGCCUCAUCCACCAGCUGGAGCAGGAGAUCGCCGAGCUGAGGAGGAGGAGUGCCACGCUCAGCCAGCUGGCCCAGUCCGAGGACCACAUCCUCUUCCUCAGGAGCUUCCCGAGCCUCUGCAGCCCCCUGCACACCAAGGACUGGUCCCAGAUCUCGGUGACCUCUGACCCCGCAGCAGGGAGCGUGCUCAGAACGCUGUCUCAGCAGGUAGAGCGCUUCCAGGAGGAGCUGCGCAGGCUGCCUGAGAUGGGUCUGCGUGCUUCAGCAGAACACUCCCUCACCAGAUACCAGCCAAAAGUUAAAAGGGUCCAGGAAUACGCAGUGGACGUGACGCUGGACCCCAGCACGGCACACCCCCGCCUCAUCCUGUCGGAGGACAGGAAGCAGGUGCGGUGCGGGGACCGCCACCAGCCCGUUCCGGACACGCCUGACAGGUUCGACCGCGUGGUGUGUGUGCUGGCCCGACAGGGCUUCACCACAGGGAGGUACUACUGGGAGGUGGAGGUGGGGGGAAAGACCGACUGGGACCUAGGCGUGGCCAGCCAGUCUGUCAACAGGAAGGGCAAGAUCACAGUCAGCCCCGCCCACGGAUACUGGUUCCUCAGCCUGAGGGACAGAAACGACUACGCCUUCCGCACUGAGCCCUCCACCAGCCUGGGCCUCCACCUCAAGCCCCACAAAAUAGGGGUGUAUGUGGACUACGAGAAGGGCCAGGUGUCCUUCUACAAUGUGGACGCCAAGAUACACAUCUACACCUUCAUCGACACCUUCAGCGACACCAUCUACCCCUUCUUCAGUCCCUGCACCAAUAAAUCGGGGAAAAAUGAGGCCCCUCUAAUCAUAACACCUGUAACGCUCACAGACUGAGGGGCCUCAUUCCCCUGAGGAGAGCGUCUCCACAGCUACACCCCCACUCACAACUACACACCCA